AUGAGAUACUGGAUGGAUGUGCACAAUAGAGAUGCAAACAACAAAACCGACUUUUAUCAUGACAACUGUUCACACGUGACCUAUUUGGAAUGGGACGACUCUACUAGGUCUUCCUACGUGGUGGAUCAUCCUUGCGUUUUAUUUGACGUUUACUGGGUACCAUUUGGAACUAAUGUACACAAGUAUUGGCUGGGUAUGCCCUGUAACACGGAACAUGACUUCGUGUGCAUGAAGUUAAUGGACGAGCUACCGUGUAUCCACUCUUGCAAUGAGUCGGUAUAUCUUGCCCCGAAGUCUGAUGUUGAGUGCGAGGCUUACUGUGGGCAACUCCUCGGGUGUCGACACCGGUUUUUGACUCUGGACGAUUUUACCGUCUGCCACAUCAUAAGGUCAUCAUUUAUCAACGACGACCCCUUCUACAAUAUCUGCUACCUCCAGGACUUGUAUAGUUAUAACGUACGAUACUGUGACCCACCAGGUUCUUACAAUAUGUCCUACACGCCCAAUAAAGAGCCAAACGUCACGGAUCUAUGUGCAGAGCCAGAAACAACAACGGAAGUUAUACAAACAACAACGGAAGUACUGACAACAUUAGCAACAACAGAAGGGACAACUGCAAAAGUGUCUUGUGAAUGUCCUUGUUCUGUAACAGUGAACAUAACAGACUCAAAUUUAACAUUGGCGGAAAAAGUGGAGCAACUAAAGAAAGAGUUAACCGUUAAUAAAAGGAACACUUCUGCACACAGACGAAGCAAAAUCAGCAUGGCGGAUCAUAGAGUUUCUGCAACAAGCAUAGGAUCAUUAGGGGUGGUUAUUCUCUCGGUAGUUUUAGGUUCUAUCUGUAUGUUGGAUCUAACUAGAGUGAGGUGUGACAAAAUUAAAAGGAACUGUAGUAAAAGCAAAAGUAAAAGGAUUGGUGACAGUAAGGAAGUAUUGCCAAAUAUUAAGCUCAUAAAAUUAGAGACUAAAUCCACACCUAGCUGAACCAAAGUCUAAAUAUAGACGCACAGAUAUUUUUCUGUUACGGUUGUACUCCUUGUGGAAGUUUGUGCAAGUCCCUUUUGUAUAAAUAUACAAAAUAUACCAUUUGUUGAU